AAAUCUCAGAACAGUUGGGAUAUGAGCUUGGUGUGUGCACUAAGCAAAGAGACUUAAGACUUAAACAAAUGGAAACAGGGAGAGAGGCUUAUGAUAAUCAUACAGUUAAUAGCAGUAAUUGAAUUACAGACAUUUAGAAGGCAUACUGUCUGUGCAAUGCAGUUGCUUAGAAGCGCUUAAUUUUUCUAUUUUUUUCCUUUUUUCAUUUUGUGAAGGCUAUCAUUCUGGCAGAUGUCUUGUUGGUAAAAUUGAAAAAGUAAAAGUGCCCUGUUUCUAACAAAUGUCAGUGGAAGUGGGACUAGUGGAAAUGGUAAUGACAGGACUACAACAUGAAGAUUUACAGCCUGGGCAUUGCCCAGAUACCAAAGAAAAUGAAAACACGGAAAGUACGCCAUCUGACCAACAACUGAAGGGUAACCUUGGGAAUAUUCCCACAGUGCUGGUGGAAGCAGAGCCAGACCCACAACCCCAGGGCAGCAGAGAGCUUGAGAGACAGCUACAACGGACACCUAGUUUUGGCAAAAGUGUCACAUUUCGCCUACCCCCCAUUACAAUUGAGGACAAUGUGCCCCAAGAGGAAGAGGUGCUGUUCUAUCAGGCAGUCGAAGACGUACUAGGAUAUAAAAUCUUCAAUUUCAAACAGCUCUUUUUUUCUGAAGCGUGGACAGACAUAACAGAUGACAAACUACUAAAAAAGAAAAUCUUGAAGGCAGGUCGUGGAAGGGCCACAAUUCCUCUGCCUGGGCAAGAGGUCACUAUUCACCUCAUGGGAAUUUUGGAGGAUGGAAGUCUGGUGGAAAUAGAUCCAAAGUUGUCAUUUGUUCUCGAUGAAGGGGAUGUCAUACAGGCCCUAGAACUUGGUGUUCGUACUAUGCAGCUUGGAGAAGUGGCAUUUCUACUGACAAAUAGCCUUUAUGCCUUUGGUCUUCUGGGGAGAGACCCAGACAUCCCAUCAGAUGCCUCUUUAUUAUAUAAAGUGACUUUGCUCUGCGUCCGGGACAAACCAAGCUUGGGAGUUCUAACAACUGCAGAUCGUAUAAGCCUUGCCAACCAGAAAAGGGAAUGUGGUAACUUCCACUUUGAGCGUGAAGAGUAUAGAAGUGCCAUGCAUUCCUACAGCCAGGCUCUGAGCAUCCUCACUCCAACCAAUGCAGACCCAUUGAGCUCAGAGGAAGAAGAGGAGAUUCGUGAGCAUCGAAUCAAAUGUCUCAAUAACCUGGCAGCCACCCAACUAAAGCUUCAUCACUUUGAUGACGUGCUUAACUCCUGCAAUGCUGUGCUAGAGAUGGACCAAGCCAAUGCAAAAGCACUUUAUAGGAAAGGCAAGGUGCUCUCAGAUAGAGGGCAAUAUGAAGAGGCCAUGCCAAUCCUGAAACAAGCACUUAAAUUGGAACCAACCACCAAGGCUAUCCAUGCUGAACUUUCUAAACUGGUGAGGAGACAACGAGGGCAGCCUGAAGUCAACAAAUCCCCAGUAAGAGCUAAAUCCAAAGCUCAUCUAAAGCUCAGGGAGGAUUUAAAUCCGCUUAUUCGUCACAGCACAAAGAAUAAUGUUUCCUAUCAAUUGAUGAUAAUUGGUGCCCUGGUUGCUGCUGUACUCAGUUUUGUGACAGCAUUAACCCUUAUACAGGGAAGCUGAAGAAAAGUACUGGAUACCCUUGUUAUUAUCUUUCUAUCUAUAAAGUGUGAGCUAUCCAGCGAUGAAGGAGGCGAGAAUAAUAACGACAAUAUAAAACAAGACACACUGGGUUAUAGCCAUCAGAGCCUUCAAAAUCCUACAGGAAUUACUCUUCCUAAAAGUAAUGGAUAGUCCUUUUUAUUAGGGAUGCACUGAAUCCACUAUUUUGGAUUCGGCUGAACCCCUGAAUCCUUCGCGAAAUACCGAA